UGAGGGUUUGCUCAAAUCUAUCAGUGACCUGGAUGCAAAAGCAGUAAAAAAGCAACAAAAGAAAUGGAGAGAAAAUUCUGCAAAACAUUACAGAAAAAAUAAGAUCCUGAAAGAUGUUUUAGAUCUCACGCCACCCUCUGAUGAGACAGAUGUACAGCCUGGACCAUCACGAAGGGUCUUGCAUCCUAUUGCAGAGAAUGUUGGAAAUCACUGUGCUCAUGAAGCUCCAUCACCAUCAGACUACCCAAGAACAUCAACACCAAAAAAAAGAAAACAAAAGCCUACCACUGUGUCGAAGCUAAGAGUGAAAUUAAAAAAAAAUAAGAAAUCACUGGAAAAUAAAGACAGAAUUAGAAAGGCUGAGAAAGCAAAUUAAACGAAUGGAAAUGAGAAGGGAAGAAAGAGGAAAACGCAAUCUGCCUACAAAAGUCUGUUCAUCAAUGAAUAGGAGACAGCUGAUGGGAAGUGUGGUAAGAACCUUCUUUCAUCGUGAUGAUGUUUCCACAAUAGUAAAUGGAAAAGCAGGAGAGAUCAGGCGAGGAGGGCAGGUGUUCAGGAGAAGGUUUCUCUGCAAACAAUAGAGAACCUUCACAAGCGAUUUCUCGGGCUCAGUUUUUUAAACUGCGUCCAUUUUGGAUCUCUAGUCCAACACUAUUGGACAGAGAAACAUGCGCAUGCAAAAUACACGAGAAUUUCCAAAGCAAAAUAAAGAAGUUACAUCAACUUGGGAUUCUAGGCACCUCUUCUUGCUUAGAGGUUGUUGACUCUGUGGUGUGUGAGAGAGUUAAGAUUGACUGCAUGUACAGGCGAUGUAGCGAUUGCCAAAACAAGAAAUUCUCCCCAAUGUUAGACCCAAACACAAAAGACAACAUUGUCCAGUGGAAGGAGUGGGUGAGCAAGUCCACUCCCUACAGUAAGAAGGGCCAAAAUGGAUCCACGGUUGAGACAGAGGUCAAAACAACCUCCCUAGAAAAAAGCUCUGCCUCCAUUGAGAAGCUUGUGAGUAUGACUCAAGAUGGCCUUGAUCGUUUCUGCAAACACAUUUUCAAUAUCAAGCAUCAAUUUCAGUCAAUUCAGUGCUUGAAGGCAAACCUACAGGAAAAUGAAGCUGUAGUUCACGUAGAUUACAGCGAAAAUUAUAACUGCAAAUGGAGCAGGGAGAUAAAAGAAGUCAAUUUUGGAGGCUCACAUAGACAAGUGACACUCCACACAGGGGUGCUCUAUGUGAGUGGAGGAAGACUUGAGUCAUUUGCUUCUGUGUCAGACUGUCUGAGGCAUGAUGCUGCAGCAACAUGGGCACACCUGAGCCCAGUUUUAGAGCACCUCCGCGUUCAAUACCCUGCGGUCACCAAGGUCCACUUCCUGUCGGAUGGGCCUACAUCACAGUACAGGAAUAAAACAGCUUUUUACCUGGCUUCAACUGUGCCAUUCCUAAAAGGUUUCAAUUAUGUCACAUGGAACUUUACUGAGGCCUCUCAUGGCAAAGGAGCACCUGAUGGUGUUGGAGGUGCUCUGAAGAACUUAGCAGAUCGGAUUGUGGCACGUGGGACGGAUAUUCCCGACAUGAGAGCUCUCAUUACAAAUCUAAAGGAGCACUCCUCUGUAAAGAUAUUUGAAGUCAAAGAGGAGGAGAUACUCAAAAGUGCGGAACUGGUUCCUCCCACGCUCAAACCUGUGCCUGGCACAAUGACUGUGCACCAGCUCAUUGCAAAGAAGGCAGGCUGCAUCAGGGUCAGAGAAGUCUCCUGCUUCUGCAAAAACUGGUGCGACUGCAACACUCCAAAAGAUUUUACAUUUUCAUGUAAUAACAGUGAAGCAGAGAAUGAGGGAGGAGCAGAAGGAAAAUCGAUUGAAGUUGGGACAUGGGUGCGUGUGAACUACGAUGGAGACCUUUUUCCAGGCAUUGUUACACAGGCUGUUGCGGAGCAGUAUGAGGUGGACACGAUGUACAGGGCUGGUACAAACAGGUUCUUCAUCCCAGGAGUCGAGAUACCUGGGGACAAAGUGUGGUACUUGCCGGAUGACAUCAGGGCAGUCAUCCCCGAGCCAAUGCCUGCAUCGUCUUCUGGUCGACAUUUUUGUGUUUUACCAGAAAUUUGGGCAAAGUACUCCAAAAAAACCUGAUUUUUGUAAAUACAAAAAAGUGUUUACAAAAUUACAAAAUCAAGACAUAAAUAAUAUAAGCGCCAAAGCAAAUUAAAACUGUUUGGGAAAAAUAAGAAAGGGGAGGGAUAUUGAAUUAUUUCAUAAAGAGUCUGAAUCUUAUUAAAUGAUCAUUUCAAUCAGUUGUUUGUUACCUACACAUUUUAAUCAGUUUUGUCAGGUUUUAAUGACCUUUCUCAUUACCGCAACAUUAAUUCUCAUCCUCCGCAAUGGACUUUUCAUUACCGUUAUGCAUAACAUUAAACAGUUAUUUUAAUAUUUUAAUGUUUUAGAGAAAUGUGUUUGUUCAUUUAUUACAAUAUGUUCCUGAGCUGUUUUGCA